CUCACCGAACUAGUACCUCACUUUAACGAAUGAGCCUUACUAGAUAUUAGCAAAAAGUUAGUUCUGUUCGAGUUCCUAUUCAAUUCGAUUAUGAUGCUCACAUACAAAUUUGUGAGAAGUUAUCUGUGAUCAUUGGAUGGACAAUGAAUUUAUUACGUCCAUCCAAUCAUCGCAGAUCGUCCAAACCCGAUCCAACGGCUGCAGACACCUGUAUGGAGGAUAGCAAAGUUGGUCCCCUGCGAAGUGCCAAGUGCCAACCUCUAAACAGGAAAGAGAAUAAUCUUUGACUCAGAAGAAGACAUCUUCCCAUCCACAUCUGCUGCUGCUGCAACUUGGUGUCGCUUCGCAAGGGGGAAAACCUCUGCUCACCUGCUCCGACCUCGCCGCGUCGCCGACGGUCCCAUCUUCCAAUCAAGUCCAAGGGACGAAAGCCUCCACCUUGCUGCCUUCUUUCUCCGUCCCCUUUUCCGCCGACUUCAUCGUUGCCGCCUCGACGCAACUGCUUCAUCUAAGCCCGGAUCCAUUCUCCCCGCAUCCUUGUGGCCCAUAUUCAGGUGAAGCCUCCUCCUGCCCCGCUACUGGCUGACCAUUUUGUCUGAAAUUGAGUUUGGGUUUUUCUGCGUUUGAUCCGCUCUUUAGCUGCAAAUGAUUUGGGGGUGCUCUCUGGAUUUUGCUUUUCAGAGGAAGAAGAGGGUAUUGAUUUCUGCUAUGUGAUUGAUUUCCAUAUCCAGGCUCCGGAAUCGGGGGUUCUUAUUAGGAAAUAAUAGCUGCUGGGAUGUGGAUGGAAGAAAGAGCAAAUGUACUAGAAUGAAACUGGUGCGUCUAGACGAUCAAAAAGUUUGAUACUUGUGGUGAUAUUAUGGCGUCUGCUAGCCUUGGCAACGGGGGAGUUGGGAGCUCAAGGUCUGUCAAAAAUGGGUUCAAGAGUUCAUCGAGUUCUGUUGAUUGGCUGGGCAGAGAGAUGCAUGAGAUGCGGUUGAGGGAUAAGGUGGACCAUGAUGAUGAUAGGGAUAGUGAACCUGACAUAAUUGAUGGUGUGGGUGCAGAAGCAGGACAUGUCAUAAGAACCACUGUGGGUGGUCGAAAUGGUCAAUCUAGGCAGUCGAUAAAUUAUAUAGCAGAGCAUGUGGUUGGAACUGGUUCUUUCGGUACUGUCUUUCAAGCAAAAUGUAGGGAAACUGGGGAGAUUGUUGCUAUCAAGAAAGUUCUUCAGGACAAACGUUAUAAGAACAGGGAGUUACAGAUAAUGCAAAUGCUGGAUCACCCAAAUAUUGUGGGCCUCAAGCACUCAUUUUUCUCAACUACUGACAAGGAAGAGCUUUACCUUAAUCUUGUACUGGAAUAUGUUCCUGAAACUCUGAAUCGUAUAGCAAGAAACUACAACAGGGUCAACCAGCGAAUGCCAUUAAUCUAUGUGAAGCUGUACACAUACCAGAUCUGCAGGGCACUCGCUUAUAUGCACAAUUGCAUUGGUAUCUGUCAUCGUGACAUCAAGCCUCAAAACCUAUUGGUGAAUCCACACACUCAUCAGUUGAAGCUUUGUGAUUUUGGAAGUGCAAAAGUGCUAGUGAAAGGAGAAGCCAAUGUCUCCUACAUCUGCUCACGAUACUAUCGUGCCCCAGAACUCAUAUUUGGUGCCACUGAGUACACAACUGCCAUCGAUAUAUGGUCCACUGGUUGUGUGAUGGCUGAAUUGCUCCUUGGACAGCCAUUGUUUCCUGGUGAAAGUGGAGUAGAUCAACUAGUUGAGAUCAUUAAGGUUCUAGGAACACCAACCCGGGAAGAGAUAAAGUGCAUGAAUCCAAACUACACUGAAUUUAAGUUCCCACAGAUAAAACCUCAUCCAUGGCACAAGGUGUUCCAAAAACGGUUACCUCCAGAAGCAGUCGAUCUUUUGUGCAGGUUCUUUCAAUAUUCUCCCAAUCUCCGCUGCACAGCUCUGGAAGCAUACAUUCAUCCUUUCUUUGAUGAACUAAGAGAUCCAAGCACACGCCUCCCCAAUGGCCGCCCUCUUCCUCCAUUGUUCAACUUUAAACCCCAAGAGUUAUCGGGGAUUCCUACUGAUAUGGUGAACAAGCUAAUACCAGAGCAUGCUCGUAAGCACAACUUAUUUAUGGCUCUCCACUCCUAAUCCUAGGCAAUUACACCAUCAUCUAUCUGCCCCAUCCUGUGUCAUUGUCCAUGCGGGUCAAAUGGUUACGAGGCACUCGUUUUUCGCCCAUUCCUUUUUCGGUUGUGCUUCCAUGUUUGUUGCUUGUCCGAGUUUUUGGUUCCCAGAGUAUUAGCUGUAUUAUUAGGGUUUUCUGUACCAAAAUGCCCCAUCACACUUUGUGUAUGACAUAUAUAUAUUGUUACUAGUGUGAAUAAUCUGAAAGAGGCAUGGUGACUGAUCGGAGUAAUGUAAUAUAGUGAACUGAAAUUAGAUGUCUGGAAUGGAGAAAGUGCUUAACUUAUCUGUAUUGGUUGAUUGUGAGCUGAAGCCUGAGGGGGAUGCUCUGCUCUGCUCGUUCAUUUCAUCGUGGUUGCGUGCUGACUUUCGUCUUAAGCUAGAUGUUCGCGAUUCUCGUGUGUUUUUCCAUGGUUGAAUUGACGAGGAGACAUCAACAGUUCAGGAAGGUUACGGUGAAUUGAAGUCCAGAGGAGUGACACGCGAGAUGUUGUCGUCCAUCUCCUAGUCGACCUCAUAUAUCCUUCUGAACCCUAACUUCUGCUGUACUUAAAGUUGACAAAAAGAAAGCUGAUAACUUGUA